CCCUAAACUCGCUUUAGCAACGGACAAGUAGCAGGCAGUUUCUCGUCUAAAACAAUAUAAUGGAGAGGUUUGACGGCUACAUUUUCCCUGUUGUUUGUAGCACUAAUUUUUUAAUAUCAUGUCUUCUGUUUUCCAAAAUCACCAGAGAGCAAAGAGAGUCGUAUAUGGAUGAAAUCUUUCACGUCCCACAAGCUCAGAAAUACUGUGAUGGGAAAUUUAACGAGUGGGACCCUAUGAUCACAACGCUGCCUGGUUUGUACCUGUUGUCUGUUGGAGUGAUUAAACCUCUCAUGUGGUUGGUGGGUUGGACAGGAACAGCUGUGUGCUCCACCGCCAUGCUGCGCUUCAUCAAUGUACUAUUCAACUGUGGCAACAUCUACAUCCUCUAUCUCCUCAUCUGCAAAAUACAUCCCAAGGACAAGUCCCGUGCGACUGGACGGCGUGUGCUCUCUGCCCUGACUCUGUCCUCCUUCCCAGUGCUCUACUUCUUCACAUUCCUCUACUACACUGACGCCGGCUCCACCUUCUUCACUCUCUUCGCCUACCUUAUGUGUUUGUACAGGUGCCACAACGCUUCAGCUCUCCUGGGUAUCUGCGCCAUCCUGUUCCGCCAGACCAACAUCAUCUGGGUGGCUUUCUGUGCUGGCACGGUGGCAGCUCAGAAACUGGAUGAGGCCUGGAGGGUGGAAUUGUCGAAAAAGCGGGACGAGAAAUCGCCAUCGCAGAUUUCAUUGCAGCUUAGCAGCCUGAUGAGACUAGCGCAAUUUUUACUAAAAUACUUCACAUCACCGCUCAAUGUAAAGAGUGUGAUUUUAUCGAUCUGGCCUUAUGGUGUAGUCGCUUUGGGCUUUAUUGUCUUUGUGGUGUUGAACAAUGGGAUUGUGGUUGGUGACAGGACCAGUCAUGAAGCCUGCCUGAACGUCCCUCAACUCUUUUAUUUCUUCUCCUUCACGUUAAUCUUCUCUCUUCCUUUAUCCCUUAGUUACACCAGGCUCAUCAGAUUUGUGCAGUCUCUCCGGAGACAUCCUUUCCUCUUUCUCCUGAUCACAGCUCUGUCUCUGCUCCUGAUCUGGAAGUUCACAUUUGUCCACAAGUACUUAUUAGCGGACAACAGGCAUUUUCCUUUCUACGUUUGGAAAAGAAUUUUCCAGAAGCACGAGCUGGUUCGCUUCCUCCUCGUCCCUGCAUAUUUGUUUGCAGCAUGGAACUUUAUGGACACUCUGAAUUCCAAGUCUCUCUUUUGGAUCUUGGCAUUUUGCGUGUGUCUGGUGGCAGCUACGGUUCCUCAGAAGCUUCUUGAGUUCCGGUAUUUUAUUCUGCCAUAUCUGCUGUACCGUAUCCACGUCCCUCUUUCAUCCCUCUCCAGACUACUGUUUGAAUUUGCUCUGUAUACAUUGGUCAACGUGGCAACGAUCUACAUCUUCCUCCAGAAGACAUUCCAGUGGCAUGAUAGUGCAACAGUGCAGAGAUUUAUGUGGUGAAAUGGGACUUCUACAAUCUUUUUCCUUUUUUUGUAAAACAGUAAAUAUGAUCAUUGUUUAUAUUUCUUACUUUCAUCUCUGAACUUAUUCUUCCUUUACAUUCUUAUCUGCGACCACAGACAUUAUUGGGGUUAUGUUUAAUGUAUGUGUAUUUGUCUUUGGUGUUGUCACUUGUUUGACAUGUCCAUAGAUUACUGUCCCAUUUGCAAAAUUUAUGGUUCCCAGUAGAGGUGUUUUAAAUCAGUGAAUCUCUUGUUUUUGUUCCGAACAAUUUUCCCAUCUUUCAGUCCCAUUGCAUCAGGUUGCUGUAAAUUCUCCAAUUUUAGAUAAAACUCAAGCUUCAACCCAUGUGUCUGUCGAUAAAAGAAAAACAAUCAUAUUAGUCUUAGUCACAUUAGUUCCUGAAUUUUUUUUAUGUGAAUUACCUUUAUUUAUAAAAGGUACCUGUUUUCUGUUAUUGCUUUGCUGGAGUUUAAAUCCGGUGUUCGGAUGAAAUAAAAAUACUGAUUAUAUC